AUGAAUUUUAAUUGUUCAAUACAAGUACGACUAGAAGGUCAUGAUAAAUUAGUUGAUGUUGGUUAUUCACAAGGAACUUCUGUUCAAGCUGUACUAGAGAGGGCGUGUAAAACUUUGGGCAUUUAUGAUUCAUGGAAUUACGCUCUUUUCAGUGAACUAUUCAAAGAUUGGAUAUGUGAAUCAAAUUUAUUGUCUUCUCGUCCAGCUGAGGAUACAGUAAUAGUUCGUAAAAAAACACCUGAAUACAUUGAGCUUGUGUAUGAGGAAGAACAUCCAAAAAAGAGAAAUAAUUCAUCAGCGUCACUAACUCCAAGUUCUGCCACUCAGACUAAACGUAGAGGCGUUUUCAGUAAUACAAAAAUUACAAAAACCUGUCUAAAAACAAAAUUCCAAUCCGAUUCAAUCUACAUUUCUACAAUACUGUUCACAAGCGACAGUAAGAUCUUGCUGACUUCCGGCACAAGGAUGUUUCCAACCGUGGAGAUCGUACGUGAUAAUGUGAUCUAUGGUAAUUUUGAGGACGACAGUGAUGAAUUUGCUCACGUAUUAAAAACUUCUUUGGAUUGGGCCACUAAUAUACACAACAACAACCAUGAUAAUGAUGAAUCGAGUGACACUGAUUCUUUACAUUCCUCCCAUUCAAACUAUGAAUUUGAUAAUUUAAACAGCAACUACUCAAACCUUCAAAAUCAAUAUUACGGCGAUCAAGAUAGUACUUGGUCACGUGAAUUUGGCAGCGCUGCUUUAAAAUUGAAAAAUGAAUUAUCUCUGGAAACUUUAGGAACGUUGUAUGAACAUGUGGUAAAAAUGAGUUCGAUAAAAUCAAAAUUUAUUAUCACUGUACAACAUGUUCCAGACAAUUCAAGGGAAGACAUUGCUCCUGAUCUGAUAAAGUCUGGCAUUCUGAAAUGGAAAAAUUUCAAUGAGGCCAGUUCAAUUUACUAUAAAGAACCAACUCAUCCCAUCUGGACUAAUUUCAUUGAGAAAUGGUGUUCCAGGCAAACAAAGCUAUCCCCUGGUCUUUAUCUAGGCGUUCUAUACACAGAAAGUAAUCUACAAGGUAUAAGAAUUUUAGUUCCAAAAGAUCGUAAACAAUUUAUUCCUUUGGGUAAAAUACGUGAUGAAGCCACUAUAACUCCCGAGGAAGCCAGUUGGAUAAAAUCCUUAGCUUGUCUAAGUCAGGACUGUUUUAUGGAUUUGUCUACUUCUGCUGGAAAUGACGAUAAUAAGUCAAAUUUGGGUCAAUUUCAAUCUUCUUUUAUAGAAUCUUAUUUCAAAUUACAAAAAGAUACUAGUUUGAUUUGGGAUUCUAGUGAUAUCUACAAUGAACAAACCAUAGAUAUUUAUUUGGAUCUACAGACUAAUCAAAUUUUGGUAUCACGUAAAAAAUCUGAUGAGGAACCUGACCAACUUUUGUGUCCUUCUGAUCAGAUCAGAGAAUGGAGCGAUGAGGAUAAUUUAAAUAUUCGAGAAACUAGUUUCACUUGA